AUGAAUCAUUCCAACUGUUUGCAAUGGCAUUUGAAACGGAGUCAAACACCGACUUUCAAGACGGACUCGCGGUUCCAUUCUUCGGCUGUAAUGGCUCUUCAAGAAGCUGCUGAGGCUUAUCUAGUUGGACUGUUCGACGGCACAAAUCUUUGCGCGAUCCAUGCGAAAUGCGUGACUAUUAUGCCCAAGGACAUCCAACUGGAGUUUCGGAUUCGAGGAGAACGAGACUAA